CAAAGUGUCAUCGCCCCCCAAAAUUUCAGACCAACUGCCGUCGCCCAACCCAUCGCCGCAAAGCGCCGCUGCAAGCACCGCCGUCCCGGCGCGAAGCAGCCUCCCUCUCCGUCGCUGCAAGCCGCGCCGGCGGGAGCUCGGCCGUCCCUCCGUCGCUGCAAGCCUCACCGUCGCUCCGUUUUUCUUUUCGUGAGAUGCAUUCCUUGAACAUCGCUUAGUUGUUUUCGUUCUUAAGAAAUUAUAUAAACUGACUUGCAUCUUAUGACGUCCUAGCUUGUCUGUGGUUAUAAUGCGUUGAAAUUUGUACAGGGAGGUAGGAAAGUAGCUGAAAAUGCUCUUAUUUUAUCUACGUGAUUUGUAUCCUAGUCAAAUAUUGAUUCUACUCAUGCGAGAGUUCUGCAAAAAAUUUUAUUUGCAGCAAUUAAUUGCUUGCUGGUUUUUGAAGGAAAAUAUGCCCUAUGUGUUUUCAUACUGGAGAAUUUCAUUGCAAAAUUGAAACAAGGCUUCUGCAGCGACAUUUGGUGCUUUUGGCACUUCUUAUUUUGAUAAGCAGCUUUCAGAACAAGUAUUGCAUUAGUUGUACCAGGAUGAUGGAAGGAGUGGAUUUGAUUUGUUCUCUUCUGUAAAUGUAAGGUUUUUAGCUUCUACAAAGGUGGUGUUAUUAGAUAGUCCAUGGUUGGUUGCUUGAUCAGUUUAUCAAUCAAGCAGGAAACAAAAGAAGAGGCAAAAACGGAGAUUCUCUGUGGCUGAUAAAUUAGCUGACUUUCUUUUUCAUCCAUAAGGUUUUGUAAAGUUUCUGAUGGACCAAAUUUGGUAGCACUUGCACUAUCAUAUAGAGGUUUGCCAGUAUCCAAAGUUGGCAUUGUACAAUACCCACAUAUGUCAGCUUGAAUGAUUAAUCCUCAGAGAAACAGUCUUGGAGACAGGAAUGUGGAGCAGGCAAUAAUAGCCAUAAAGAGGGGAUCAUAUCUUCUCAAGUAUGGAAGUAGAGGAAAACCGAAGUUUUGCCCUUUCCGGCUUUCAACUGAUGAGACAAGACUAAUAUGGUAUCAUGGAGAGGAGAAAAAUCUCCAGCUUAGCCAUGUUUCAACAAUUAUACCCGGGCAGCGUACUGCAACAUUUCAGCGUUAUCCUCGACCUGAAAAAGAAUAUCAAUCAUUCUCUCUUAUAUAUGAUGGCAAACAUUCUUUGGAUUUGAUAAGAGGAGAAGACUUCCCAACUAGUGCUUUUACUAAUUAUUGGCUUUCAAGUUGAAAAUGAACAUUUAAAUGGUUGUUACAAGCACAGGGAGCAAAGGUGAGGUAUAGAUUCAUAUUAGGUUGAAGAAAUAGUACUGGAGUUGAUGUUUGGACGCUUAAAAAGAAGGCAAAGACAGAAAAAUUAGGUAUUUAAGAAAACCUAAAGUAGAACAGUAGAAGAAUGCUGCUAAAGUUUUCUGCCAACUUUUCAAAUGCCCAAAUCAAAGAAACUAUUCAAAAAGAAAAUUAUACUAGAAGUGUUUGCCAGAAAGAAAGAAAGAAUUCAUUAAUAUGCUCCACUGACAAUAGAGAUGUAUCAUAUUUGGUGAACUGAGGAAGCCAACAAAAAAAUUCACUAGUUAUUGGAAUUUAACUAAUCAGAGAAGUGUUCUUGAGUGAUUUGAGGCUGAAAUAAGUGCCUAUGCGCAAAACUUAAAGGCUGGCGUCUAUUAAGCAUCAAUGAGUAAGAUCAUAAUGCAUUUUUUUAUUUUCUUUUUGGGAGGGGUGGGGGUGAGCAAAUUGACUAGCACCAACUAGUUGUUACAAUUUUGUAGAUCUGGACAAAUGUUUGUGCCUUUCUAAGUAUUUUAUUUAUGUGAUCAGCUCAUAAUAUGGUUAUACCACUAGCUCAGUGCUUCAUCUGAUAGUUCAGGGCAAAUUGACUAGCGCCAACAUAUAUGACUUAGAAAUAUGGUGUAUAGCCCUCAGGGCAUUGAUUUCUCAGGAUAACUGUGAAAAAUGGAGAAGUGAAAAAAGAAGCCAUAGUGCUUCAUCUGAUAGUUCAACUGCCCUGACCCAGCAAAGUCCUCAGUCCAUUUUGUCAAGCAGCAGCAGCAGCAAUAUUGUCAAUGAGGAUCAAAGGAAAAAUCAAUUCGUUCUGCGUCCAUAUGAGAGUCCCCCUCAGAAAAGAUUGGAAAGAGCCCUCUCUGAUAUGCUAUUGUAUAAUGAUGCAGCACCAUGUUCUCCCCAGAAAGAUUUAAAUUCCAAUUCCAUUGGUUCAAGAUCGCUUAAGAACAUAAAUUAUGAAGGUCAGCUUGGACAUGGAGAUGAAGCCUCUAGACUUGUACCGUGUUGUAUUACCAUGUUAGAUGGCACCAACUUCUGUCAAGUUGCAUGCGGUCAUAGCAUCACAGUUGCUCUUACAACCUCAGGACAAGUAUAUACUAUGGGAAGUUUUGAUUAUGGACAACUUGGGAUUCCUGAUAGUACAGGGAAACUCCCUUCUUGUGUUCAUGGAAAAAUUAAAAACAGUUUUAUUGAAAAAAUAGCAUGUGGUUCUUUUCAUGUUGCAGUAUUGAGUUCACAAUCUGAGGUUUACACAUGGGGAUAAUUUUUGAUGAACUUGUAUUAUUAAUUAUUAUCAAUUGUGAGAUUUAUUGCUUU